GGAGCAGGACUAUGUCCACCAUGGUGUACCCAAGGGAGGAGAAACUGGACAAGCUGAGCCAAGAGGAGAUCAUUUCCAACACCAAGCUGGUGAUGCAAGGGCUAGAGGCACUCAAGAAUGAACACAAUUCCAUCCUGCACAGCUUGCUGGAGACCAUCAAGUGCCUGAAGAAAGAUGAAGAAGCCAAUCUCGUGCAUGAGAAAUCCAACCUGCUCCGCAAGUCAGUGGAGAUGAUUGAACUGGGGCUUGGAGAAGCUCAGGUGAUGAUGGCGUUGUCCAACCACCUGAACGCUGUGGAGUCGGAGAAGCAGAAGCUGCGCGCCCAGGUGCGGAGGCUGUGCCAGGAGAACCAGUGGCUGCGCGACGAGCUUGCCAACACCCAGCAGAAACUGCAGCGCAGUGAACAAACCGUGGCUCAGCUGGAGGAGGAGAAGAAACACCUUGAGUUCAUGAACCAGCUGAAGAAGUAUGAUGAGGAUGUCUCCCCUUCGGAGGAGAAGGAGGGUGACUCUGCCAAGGACUCUCUGGAUGAUCUGUUCCCAAAUGAGGAGGAGGAGCACGGUCCUGGAUUGCCCCACCAGCACAGCAGUGCAGUGGCAGCUGCCCAGCAGGGAGGCUAUGAGAUUCCUGCACGCCUGCGCACCCUCCACAACCUGGUCAUCCAGUACGCAUCACAGGGGCGCUAUGAGGUGGCUGUGCCACUCUGCAAGCAGGCGCUGGAGGACCUAGAGAAGACAUCGGGUCAUGAUCACCCUGACGUGGCCACCAUGCUGAACAUCCUGGCGCUGGUGUACAGGGAUCAGAAUAAAUACAAAGAGGCAGCACACCUCUUGAACGAUGCUCUCUCCAUCCGUGAGAAGACUCUGGGCAAAGACCACCCAGCGGUGGCAGCAACCUUGAACAAUCUGGCCGUUCUCUACGGCAAGAGAGGGAAGUACAAAGAAGCAGAACCACUGUGUAAGCGAGCCCUGGAGAUCCGUGAGAAGGUCCUAGGCAAAGACCAUCCUGAUGUAGCCAAGCAGCUGAACAAUCUAGCCCUACUGUGCCAGAACCAGGGCAAGUAUGAUGAGGUGGAGUACUAUUACUGCCGGGCCCUGGAGAUCUAUGAGAGCUGCCUGGGUCCUGAUGACCCCAACGUGGCCAAGACCAAGAACAACCUGGCCUCCUGUUACCUGAAGCAAGGCAAAUACAAAGAUGCAGAGGUGCUGUAUAAGGAGAUCCUUACCCGUGCUCACGUGAAGGAGUUUGGCUCUGUCGAUGAUGAACACAAGCCAAUCUGGAUGCAUGCAGAGGAGAGAGAGGAAAUGAGCAAGAGCAAGCACAGAGACAGUGCUCCGUACGCUGAGUAUGGCGGCUGGUACAAGGCCUGUAAGGUUAGCAGCCCAACUGUGAACACCACUCUGAGGAACCUGGGAGCGCUGUACCGACGCCAGGGCAAGCUGGAGGCAGCUGAGACCUUGGAGGAGUGUGCAGUUCGCUCUCGGCGGCAGGGAAUUGACCCGAUCAACCAGACGAAGGUGGUGGAGAUCCUGAAGGAGGGUGAUGGCACGGAGAGACGUCGGAGCGUGGGGGGCAGCGUCAAGUACGAGAAUGCCACAGACGGUAGCGAGGAAGCUUAAAUGCCUCCCGAGACUCCCUCUUUCCCCUCCACCGCAAUCACCUGGAUGUUUGUGUUGUAUCUUCCGACUUUUCCUCCACACCAUCCCUCCUUCCUCGGCAAGAACUCCACGCCAGUCCCCCAACCCUCCCGGUGCACGAGGGCACCGCGACGCCUCCGGAGGAGUGCCUGGCCAUGUGGCCCAGCUCCAGUCCCGUGGCCAGCAAGAGCAGGAAGAAUCUGCGAGGAGCUGCCUGCUCCCCCAUGCCAGGGCGACGGGCCCCCGUCCCCUUGCAUGUCCCCACCCCCAGCCUGCCCUUGCACAUCCCUGGGGACCAGGCCUGCGGGGAAUUGUCUUCACUCCAGGCAUGCCGACUCCACCGCCAUUAGACAUCCUCAACCCUCCUAGCUUGUUCCCUCCAUCUCUGCAGAUGCCAGGAGGGAGGCACGAAGAUGGGGGGGCUGUUUUGGGACAGAGAGGCCUGGCCUUGCCAGGGCUGUCAUGUGCCCCUUUGCUUUCUUCCCUGUAGGCUUGGCUGAUGUUAGCGCCCU